CAAUAAUUGAGAUUCCGUAUCCGUCGUCUCUUAUAAAAGUCUUUGUUUUGCAGCUGAAUUUCAACAUUCUCAUCUGGAAGAAGCAAGCUGGGAAGAAAGGAAGGGGGAAAUGGGUGCAGCAAUUGGGAUUUGCUAUUUGGUUCUACUGCUUAUUUCCACUUUUCAGCCACAGGUCAUUGCAGUGAAGCCUAUUCCUCAGCUGAAACUUGACAAAGAAAUUCUUCAGGAGUCAGUUGUUAAAUUAAUCAAUGGAAAUGCUGAAGCUGGAUGGAGAGCUGCCAUGAACCCUCGAUUUUCAAACCACACAGUUGCCGAAUUUAAGCACCUUCUUGGAGUGAAACCAAUGCCAGAGGGUGACGUGAAGAGCAUUUCUGUUGUAACUCAUGCAAAAAGUCUUAAGUUGCCCAAAGAGUUUGAUGCGCGAACUGCUUGGCCUCACUGUAGUACCAUUGGAAGAAUACUUGAUCAGGGACAUUGUGGUUCUUGUUGGGCUUUUGGUGCAGUUGAGUCGCUCUCUGACCGCUUCUGUAUUAAGUUUGGCAUGAAUAUUUCUCUAUCUGUCAAUGAUCUCCUGGCAUGCUGUGGCUUUAUGUGUGGUGACGGCUGUGAUGGUGGUUACCCCAUUUCAGCAUGGCGAUACUUUGUCCAGAGUGGUGUUGUCACCGAUGAGUGUGACCCUUACUUCGAUAAUAGUGGAUGUUCCCACCCUGGUUGUGAGCCUGCAUUCCCAACACCUGUAUGUGAGAAAAGAUGCGUAAAAAAGAACCUUCUUUGGGAAAGUUCAAAGCACUUCAGUGUCAAUGCUUAUAGAAUCAGUUCUGAUCCACACAGUAUUAUGGCAGAAGUAUACAAGAAUGGACCAGUUGAGGUUGCUUUCACUGUCUACGAGGAUUUUGCUCAUUACAAAUCAGGAGUUUACAAGCAUGUGACAGGUGAUGAGAUGGGAGGUCAUGCUGUGAAGCUUAUAGGAUGGGGAACUACCGAUGAUGGGGAGGAUUACUGGCUUUUAGCAAAUCAGUGGAAUAGAAGCUGGGGUGAUGAUGGAUAUUUCAAGAUCAGAAGAGGUACAAAUGAGUGUGGCAUUGAAGAAGAUGUAACUGCAGGAUUGCCUUCAACCAAAAACUUGAUGAUCGAGCGUGGCCAGGCCGACCAGGUGGAGGCUUCACUUGACGCCACAUUCUGAAAGCAAAGUGACUUUGAACGAAGAAAGAUUUACAGGAGAUGGAAGACCAUAAAGAUCAACAAUGGAGUUGGUGAUGAAUGUUGUAUUUCUACAUGAAAGGUUACUAAUCCCUUUCUGUAAUGUAUUAUUACUUCACUUUUCCUCUUUUAAAGCGACUGUUGUAAAACUAUUAGCAGAUGGACGUAGAAAUGGUUGGCAGAUUUAACAAUACAACAAUAAGGAAAUGUUAGACUAUUAUAUUCUCACUUGCAUUAAUACAUGAAUGUUUGCUUGUUGAAA